AUGGUUUAUGCCACACUUUUGAGUGAAGAAGAUUUAAGUCGUUUUCGAACGAAGCAAUGUAAAAGAUUAUUAAAUGGAGGUUGUAAUUUUGGAUUGGAUAGAUGUCAAUAUAGUCACAAUGAAUUUUGGAAUAGGAGAUGUCCAUUUUAUUUAAGCGACUCAUCAUUUAUACGUUACAUUACUGUAAUGUGUCCUGAUGUAGAAACAAGAGGAGAUGGUUCUAUUAACAGUUUAUGUUUAAGAGGAGGAGAAUGCCCUUUUGCUCAUUCUACUGAAGAAAUAUUAUAUCAUCCACUUUUUUAUAAAACAAAAAGAUGUGAAGAUUAUAAAAAGGGAUCUUGUAAUACUUAUUAUUGUCCUUUUAUUCAUGGUUUGGCUGAGACGAGAGCCCCUGGUACUUACAAGUUACCAUUCACAAACGGAAUUGACAUUCCUAAUAUUCCUAAUGUUAUUAUUGUUGAUAAGAUAGAUAUAUGUAGUAAAAAUAGUAGUGGUAUUAUAAACGAUAAAUAUAUGAAAAAUAUGUCAUUUAAAAAAAGAAGCGACAUACAAUUAGAUCAUAUGAAUAAUGAUGAUAUGCAUUAUUGUAAUAAUAAAACAAAUAGUAUGAACUCGUCACUUUAUGAUUCUAUGGAUACAAUAUCUAAUAAGAAUGAUAUGACCAACAACGCUGUUGAUAAAUCUACUCUGUCUUUUAAUAAUUCUGUAUUUAAUAAAGAUAGCUUUUUUAAUUUUUCAGAGGAAAAUAUAAAAAUGAAUAUGUUAAAAAAAAAUGGUGCUUUUGAACAUAUGAAUAAUAAUAUCUACUCAAGAAAUAGCAUGAAAGAUUCGAUUAAUUCUUUUGGUUCAUUUGAAGCAAACAAUAUGGGCAAUAAUAAUAUGGGGAAUUCGAAAGGUAAUAUUUCAAGUGUCGUUGGUAAUAUGAAAAAUGAUAAUAUAAAAAAUGAUAAUAUAAAAAAUGAUAAUAUAAAAAAUGAUAAUAUGAAUGGUAAUAUUAAUGCUAAGGGUGGGAAUAAUAAUAUUAAGAAGAAUAAUAGUAAUAAUAAUAACAACAUUAAAAGUAACGAUAAUGAAAAUAACGAUAAUAAUAAUAAAAUGAAUAGACAAUCCAAUUGUACAAAUGUGAAUUCCUGUAAUUAUAAUGAAUUUUUGUCAAGUAAAUUAAAUGGAGCUGUUUCUGGAUCAUAUCAAAAUAUGUGCAGUAAAAAUAUUUCACUUAGUACAAACAAUUCUACAAAUUAUAUAGACACAAUUAGUAGCCCUAAUAAGAAUUAUAAUAAGAAUUUGAACAUAUUAAAACUUAAACAGAAUCAUUCAAGUUGUAGUACUGAUGCUCAUGAAAUAAAUUUCAAUGAACAUGAAGCAACAAGUGAGGAUGCCAUAGAAGAAGAAGAAGAAGAUGACGAAUAUUUUAAUUCUGAGAAUAUUGAUUUAAGUGUAUCAAACCGAAAUAACGAAUUAGAAAGAAUUAGUAGUGAUACCAAAUUGUCAAAUGUAACAGUAGAAAGAAAUUUAAAUAUUGAUAGAAAUAAUGAAAUCAAUUUAUUAGAAGUUAUUAAAUGUUUGAAGGGUUUAUGUGAAAAAAUAAUGAAGGGAGACUUAACAUUUACAUCUGAGCAAUGGGACAAUAUAGCACAAAUAACAUACGAAAUUGUAGCCGUUAUAGAAUAUAAUAGAGUAAUGAAACUCAAAAAGACAGCUAAUAAAAUAAAAAAUGAUAUAUAUAAUAAAAAUAAAGACUUUAUUUUUCAUAUGGAAAAUAAAGAGUAUAAGAAGGAAAGGAACGAUAAUGAAAUGGAAAAAGAAUUAUAUACAAACGAAAAGGAUAUAAUUGAAAAAAAGGUUUGUACUAAUAUAGAUAAUUUAGUGGAAGAACAAAAUAGUAAUAUAAAUAGAAUAUCUUUAGAUUCCAAAUUAAAAAACUAUGAUGAAAUUUUUGAAAGACCCAAAAAUGAAAAAGGAAAUGAUAUAAAUACAUUAAAAAAAUAUUCAUUAAAUGAAAAUAUAUAUAUUGAAAAAGACAAGAUUAAUAGUGUAAAUAAGGAAAAUUCAAUUUUGUUCUUAGAAAAUGAUGAAAAGAAUAAUAUGUUAAAUAAAUUUAACUUUAACUUUAACAAAAGAGAAGAACAUAUAUAUAACAAUUUAAAUGAACUUAUACAUAAUGAGGAUAAUGAAUUAUUACAUUUUUAUGAGGAACAAUUAGGAGAAAACUUUUUAGACGAAAAAAAUGAAUUAGAUAUUAUGUCAAUGAAACAAAAAUUUAUUCCAUCACAAAUUAAUAAAACAAAUAUAAUCAAUGAUAGUAAUGAUAACCACCAUGCUUUACAAAAUUUAAAGGAUUCCUGUUUUUUAGAAUAUUAUAAUAUAAAUAAAAGUAAUAACUUAAAUUUUAAAGAUAAAAAUGAUAACAACGAAAAAUUAUCAUCACAACAACCAUUUCUAUCUUUUUUCUCUUUCUUAUCAGAAUAA